AUGGAGGCCAUUGUGGCUGCAGCAGAGGAAACAAUGAGGAAAAGUGUAGGAGAGGUGGUCAGAGUUGAGUGCAAGUUCGAUCAUUUUUCAGAUGAGGUUCCUUCAGAUUCCUUGGAUGCUGCUAAAAAUGCAAAUACUUCAGAAAAACUCACAGAUCAGGUGAUGCAGAAUCCUCAGGUGCUGGCAGCCUUACAGGAACAACGUGAAGUCUCCUACGCUCCUUCGAGUUACAUCAAUACUUUACCUAAAGCAGUAAAGAGAAGAAUCGAUGCAUUGAAACAACUUCAGGGGAAGUGUGGUCACACACAAGCCAAGUUCUAUGACGAGGUCCAUGACCUGAAGAGGAAGUACAUGGCACUGUAUCAGCCUCUCUUUGACAAGAGAAGGGAAUUCGUCACUGAUGAUGUUGAGCUGACAGAUGCAGAAUCGGAAUGGCACAGUGAGAAUGAAGAGGAGAAUAAAUUGGCUGGAGACGUGAAACAUAGUCAUAGCAGAAAAAGAAGGCACAAAGCAAAAGAACCAAGCCCCAGAGGGAUUGCGGGCUUCUGGUUCACUAUCUUCAGAAAUGUAUAUAUGCUAAGUGACUUAGUCCAGGAAUAUGAUGAGUCAAUCUUGAAACACCUGCAGGGUAUUAAAGUGAAAAUUUCCAACCCUGGACAGUCUCUGUCUUUUGUAUUAUGGCUCCACUUUGAACCCAAUGACUACUUUACCAAUUCAGUCCUGACAAAAAUGGUACAAGGUGAAGUCGGAGCGAGAUAAGGCCCCUUUUCCUUUGAAGUUCCUGAAAUACUCGACUGUGAUGACUGCACUAGUGACUGGAAGAAAGGGAAAAAUGCCACAGUCAAAAUGAUCAAGAAAAAGCAGAAACAUGAGGGACGAAGCACUGUCAGAACAAUUACCAAACAAGUUCCCUACAAUUCAUUUUUCAACUUCUUCAAUCUGCUGAAAGCAUCUGGGGAUGGAGAAUCGCUGGAUGAAGACUCUGAAUUCACAUUAGCCUCCGACAUAGGGAUUGGACACUUGUUUCAUGAGCGGACAGUCGUGCCAGCUGUGCUGAACUUCACAGGAGAGACCAUAGAGGCUGACAAUUUUGAAGAUAAGGAAGGAGAAGAGAAAGAAUUAGAAAGUCAUGAGGAGGGAGAAGAUGAGGACGAUGCCAAAAUUAACCCGAAAGAAAAACCUCAUCAACCUACUAAAGAG